AGAGCGCACCUCCCAGCUCCUAUCUCCCAUCACCAGCGAGCCCCAGUGCCCUCCUAUCAUCCUCGAGCUUCUGCCCCUCCGUCAUCAUAUCAUUCUGGGGACCUUCCAACGUGACUCCUGUGCACAUGAGGGGCCUUGUGGCGAAAGGGCUGUUGUGCCACCUCAUGGAGGCGAUCGAGUGGAUUUUGCCCGAGGGUGAGCGGGAGCCCAAGCCUCCGUCGGGGUAUGUGGUGUCGUUCGCCUGCUUCUAUGAGUGGGGGUUCGCCUCGCCUCCGCAUGCCUUCUUUCAGGGUCUGCUUCAUCACUACGACCUGGAGUUGCAGCAUCUGGAUCCGAACGGGAUUCAGCAUAUUGCUGCCUUCAUCGCGCUUUGCGAAGGCUUCCUCGGCGCUCCUCCCUUUUUCCAACUCUUCCGGUAUUUAUUCUCUUUUUCUGUCUUCAAGGCGAAGUUAGGAGGCGUCCUCACGCCUGUUCCGAUCGGGUGCGCAAGCAUCCGCCUCCGCAGAGGGAACGGCCCCAGUUUUCGAGCCGAUGAAUAUAUGCCCAUGGCCUUGACUAAGGAGGAUGGGAAAUGGCACGCGACCUGGUUCUACAUCAAAAACUAUGAGGACGCUCCCCUCCCUCUGUUCACCAACAGAAUCCAUGCAGAGAAGCCGCGCAUCUGGGGUUACGACCCCGAGAAGAAGGAGGAGAGGUUGGCGGAUUACAUCGCCGCCAUCCAUUUCCUGAAGCGGCGGGGCCUGACCAGCAGGGGCGUGGUUGGUGCCUAUCAUUCGAGGCGGGUUGCGCCGAUCAUGGCGCGAGCUCUUGCUUUGGACGAGAUGGUGCCUGACGCGGCGCCCGAGUUGAUCGCGGGGGCAAUUCUGGCACUUGAGCCGCUCAGUGAUUCGGAGAUUCAACAGCGGAUCACGGAGGCUUUCCCUGACCCGGUUCCGGUGUAUCCCGACCCGAACCACCCCGUGAUGCGUCUGAUGGAAGGAUUCGUCCCGCUGGACGGAUAUUACUUCCGCCGCUCUCGAGCUCCGUUGCCCGAAGAUGCGGUCCAGCGGGUGCUGAAUCGCUCCGCCGCCGAGAGGAGGAAGGGGAAGAAAGACGCCCGGGCGCAAUGGCACGUCGACUAGCAAAAACGCCGGGCCGACCGGGCAAAACACAGAGCCGCCAGCGAAGAUACCGAUAGCGGGGCCAAAUCCUCGGAGGAACCUAUUUGGAGUGACAAGGAUGGCGGCGACGAUGAUGAUGGGGGUGAGAGCAUGGACUAGGAGUUCUUGUCGCGGGACGAGGAGGGUGAAGACGGCGCCGAAUGUUCGGGGACACCUGGUAAUGAGGCAACGACGGACGUCCCCUCAUUGUCGCGUGACAUGGCGACGCAGACACCUCCGAGCACUGUGGGGACGAAUGUCCUCUUCUCACUACUGGGGAGUUCCGGUGGGUCUGCCGUUGUUGUGGAGGAGAGGCGAUCGCCUCCCCCUUCUGUGGCGGUGACUGCGUUAAUCUCGGAGACCAUUACGACAGGUGCGCGAGUUCCCUCCGUGGAAGCACGCGGGGCCGCCUCCCAGUUGGCGUCGAUCGGCGUCCCUGUAGACUCCAGGGAGCUGCACGACCAAGUUCCUCCGGUUGGGGUGCUGGGGAAACGCCGCAACGGAGCCGGAUCCCCGUCGGCGGAAACCCUUCGUAAGAGGCCCCGCCCAACCAUGACGCGGUGAGUGAUUCGCGAUUUCACCUGUCUUAUGAUUUCUUUGAUUUACUUUGUCGUCGAUUCCGUUUGUUGUCAGCCUGUUGGGCAGGCUCGAUCCGCUGUCGCUGAUGCCUCAGAAGAUAGUGAGGGUGGAGCGGCAGCAGGCCCAGGUGGACGCGUCCUUGGCGGGCACGCCAUCGGCGUACAUCGCGUCGUCGGAAUCGACGGCGUAUGAGGCGCCGCAACACGCGGCCGCCGCCGCCGUGGAGGUUGAUGCGACGGCCGGAGGCGUGGUGACCGCGUCGAGCGGAGGGGCGGCCUCCGUCGGAAUGGCCCCGUACACUUGGUUAUCGCGGACGGAGGAGGCCCCUCCCGCCGACACGCCGAGCGCGCCGCGGUCCACUAUGGCGACGUUCCCAGACGCGGGGAGCAUGGUGUCGAGCCCACUUAGCGCUCCCGCGACCGCCCAUGGGCCGCCUCCACCGGGGCAGGCAGCGGCUUCCCAACACCGCGGCGCAAGGAGUUCGUCAGCCGAGCUGCCGUCUAGGUCGAGCUACCGCCUCGUGGGUUCGUCCUUAGUGCGGGGGGCUAUCACCGCGCGGACCUCAGCCGAUGGAGGGCUCGCUCGGGGCGCAGUCACGCUCGCCAUUGCCCAAUCGCGUGAGCUCUGCAGAUAGCUACGCGAGACCGUGGCCCCUGCUCUCCUAGUACUUCUCCUCGUGUGUCCCAAAUUCAUGUUGCCGUUGCUCACAGGCUCGCGACCUGGAGUACGACGUCGCAGGUGAUCGCCGUGCGUCGGUCCCUCGACGACGCGAACGCCCAAGCGCGGGCAGACGUGGAGGAGGCAGAACGGCUUCGAGGCUAACUGCAAUCGGUUGCAGAGGCCUGCGACGCCGCGGUGUAGGAACGCGACGUGGCCAAGCACGAACACGAGGUCGCGGUCCAGGAACGCGACGCUGUAGUCCGGGUUCUCGACGCCACCGUCAAGUCCGCCGAAGAUGCGACGCGAGAGCAUGAUGCAGCGCGUGGGGAGCUCCAAGGUAAGACUCUUACCUUGCUCCCUUUGUUCAAGUAGGGAUUCGGUCUUGGGGAUCCGAGCCCUGUUUGGUGCACUUGCUGCCCUUCACAGGUGCCCGUGACGAGGCGACCAAGCUGCGCCAAGGGCUCGCCGAAGCUGAGAAUCUGAGGAAGAAAACCGAGGCGGUGUCGGUGGCCGAAACGGAAUGGCUCCGCACCGCCAUCGACAGCCUGAAUGGCACGGUAGGGCAGUGUUGGGGACACCACCUUCGGGCUGGUCGCCGAAGGUGCGCGCAGACAAGAUGUCAGGAACAAUGAAACCGAUGUCAAGAGCAAGCACGGAGAUGGCCCGUCUUCGUGGAUCUUCGGGUCGGAAGACGAAGACAUGCGAAGACCGGACGACACAAGCGUCGUGACGAGGAGUAAUCAGUGGGCCCCAUGGUCUUCGUCAAUCAGGACGAAGAGGGCCGCCUGGAGUUGUGGGCCCUUCUGAGCUGUACCGCACCCAUGUUGUGAUAUGGAAAUCACAUGUACGUCCGGGAAUAUUCCGGGUAUAUGACCGUUGUAAGGGUGUAAAAGAGUAAUUGUACAUUGGAGGCGUUCAUUGAUGUAAUGUUCAUUGAUGGGACACAUUGAAUAGAGAGAGAGAGAAUAUUACUA